CACCACAGGCUUGAACAACAACAGGCCAUCUCAAGCCAUGGUGGUGUUUGUUGCCAUUUACCACCAAAAAAAAACAACUCUUUAAUUCUUCGAAGAAAUCCGAAUUCUGCCGAGGAGAGAGAAAAAGCAGUCGUUGAUCACUUUCAGCGAAGAUGGAGAAGGAAGAAACGGUGAAAUUGAUCAGCUCUGAGGGCUUCGAAUUCGUCAUUGAUAGGAAAGCUGCUAUGGUUUCUCAAUUUCUUCGCAAUUUGCUUACUUCUCCAGGGAAUUUUGCUGAAACGGAAAAUGGUAUUGUGAGAUUUCCGGACAUCAGUACUACUAUAUUGGAGAAAAUUUGUCAGUAUUUCUACUGGUCUCGUCAGUAUGCUAGUGGAAAGGAGACCGAAUUCCACAUUGAACCUGAACUUACUCUGGAUCUGAUGAUGGCUGCUAAUUAUCUUCAUACAUGAGAAGAAUCUCCUUCUCUUUCUUAUCGUGGCAUUCUCUAGUUAAUGUGGUAAUCGUUUGGAGCUUUCCAUAUACUUCGUAUAUUGUUGAACACUACUUAUAACAAAGCAUCAAACAGGGAGUUUCACCCCCAUUCAAUGGACUUCUACUAAUUGAUUAUGUCCAGCUUGAUUAAUUUGGAUUUUCUUUUCCACUUUUGUUUAGGGGUGCUCAAGGAUGCCUCUUAAGAAGUAUGAACUUUCAGAAAUUUACUGCUUAUCUUCGUGUCUUUGCUGUUAACUCUGGUCCCUGGAUCUCUCAGUACAGGGACCUGGUGUAGAUUGUGUUGUAGGAUUAGGACUGAUUGUUAAUGACUCACAGAAAGUUCGUCUGGGAUACUGAAACUGAAGUAUAUAACAUCUUAAUUUAGACUAAGAAGAGAACUUGUAUGCUUAAUAGACUGGAAGUUAUUUAUUCUUGUCUGAUACUGACUAGGAAUUGCUGCUGUUUGCUUAUACCUUUCUUCAUCCAUGCAUUAUGUAGUCGUUAGUCCUUCAGCCCUAUGGCAGGACGGAUUUUAUGGUAAUGGAUAUUUUACAAAAAGUAUUGGGGAAUGGACAAAUGAUUCAAUUUUA